ACUAAAAAUGUCUUCUCGUGAGAGACUGAAGUACUCAUUUGAUGUUGCAGAGCAAGAAUUUGGUGUUCCUAGCUUGCUGGAUCCUUCGGACGUUGAAAAGAUGAAGUUGAUAAAGAACGAAUGUUGAUAUAUUUUUCUUCAUUAUAUGAAGUCCUGAAAAAUCAUGAAGUAAAAAAGCCUUUACUAAUGCCAGAGAUUUAUUACACCAUUGUGUAUUCAAUGAAAAGAGUACAAGAGAUGAUGGACAAGGUCACAGACAAAUCGACUGGCCAAGUGAGAACAAAAGAAUUGAGCCACGGGGAGUUGAAUUGUAAUGUGCUUUUACGGGAAAUUCAAAUGGAAUUAUUGGAAUUACGGAAGAUGAUUCAUCAAUUCAAUAACAGAUAUAACGAUAUCUUUCGAUUCCAAAGUUUUGAUCACGAGGAAUUUUGUCAAGUCAUGAAGGAUUUUGGUGAACUUAGUAAACGUUGGUCAGAACUUAACAACAAAAAAAUCUCAGACUCAAGAAGAAUCAUUAAUAGUGCUCAUUUAACAAUUGGAGACAAAGUUAUCGAGAUCGAAUCUGUUUCCUCCAAUGGAAUUGUCCUCAAGUACAAGAUUUUAUAUUAUGAAAUUAUCACUGUCAUCGAAAUGAUUGAAAGUAACAUUAGAGUUAUUAAGAAAGAUAAACAGAGCCAGCAGACGGCAGCAUUGAUUGGUGAGAUGAUGGAUCAGGUACAAGAAAUCAAGAUUAAACAGUUAGAAGAUCUUAUAAGUGAAGUAAACAUGGCUGAGAAUGUUGACUCAAAAGAACUUGAUGAAUUGAAUAAAGAAUUUGAAGAUUUUGAAUCUCGUCUUACACGUAUUAAGGAUUUUCUUUCAAAUACGAAUGAUGAACCCGAUGGUCCAAUCUCAACAAAUGAUAUUGUAUUAAUUUAUAAAACGUCUUGUCCUAAGAUCUUGUCAGCGGUCGAGAGACUGGAAGAGAGGAUCGAGAAGAUUCAAGCAGAGACUCCAAGCCAGCAAAACGCUAAAGAAUUGAAAGUUAUUCAAAAAAAAAUGCAAAGUAUAUCAUGUCAAAUGCAAACUGAGAUGUCAAAACAACUAAUUGAGCGAUGGUUUAUACUUGUAAAAAAUUAUAAUAAAGAAAUUAUGAGACAGCCUGUUGUUGUUCGCGAAAUCAGAACACGGCAAACUUCUCAUAGUGCUCAGUUAACAAUUGGAGACAAAGUUAUUGACAUCGAAUCUGUUUCCUCCAAUGGAAUUGUCAUCAAAUACAAGAUUUUAUAUCAUGAAAUUAUCACUAUCAUUAAAAUGCUCGAAAAUAACAUUAAAAUUAUUAAGAAGGCAGAACCAAGCCAAAAAACAGCCGCAUUACUUGAUGAAAAUAUCCAAAGGCUACACUCACUUCAAAAGACGAUUUCAGAGUUAAAUCAACUUAUGAUCGAGAUAAAGGUUGCUGAGAAUGUUGACGUGAAGGAGCUUGAACAAUUACAAAUUGAACACAAAGAUCUUAUGACACAUCUUGCUUAUGUGAACGCCUUUAUCUCAAAGGAGAAAGAGAAGCAACCAGUACUGAUUACAAAGAUUGUGUAUGAUAUAAGGAGAGAGGAAGCAAUUGUAAGAAGCUUGCAUACUCGAGUAAAAAUAAUUUUAACGUAAAAAUUGUUUUCUCAAAGACUUCAUAGCUUUUGUAAUAUGUAGCUUUACAAUCCCUUCCUUCUGGACGUUUCUUUUUAUCCAAUGUCUUGUUUGCACAUAUUCCUGAAAAAUUAAAUAGCCCUGCUUAAUUUAGAUUACACUCUUUCUUUAAUAUUGGAAAUCAUUACUAUCCCAUGCUUAUCUGCUUAUCUUUUUAUCUUCAGAGCAGAUUCCUAUUAAUUUAAAUCUCACUUAAAAACUCAGUUGGAGACAUUAUACAACGUAUUUUCGCUUUUUUUGCUUUCUUGCAGUCAUUGUAUUUAUACUUAUUGCAGUUUCUUGACUAAGAGUUUUCAAAGAUAUGUACAUUAAUACAACCUUAAUUUUACAUUUUUUUAACGUCUGCCAUGUUGAAGCUCUACUGUUGGAACUGUACAAAAGAACAUUUUAUUAUUGCCCUUGUGUACUCAUAUGGGCAAACGUAACUACUUUGGGAAUUCUAAAAAAUUGGUUUCAAGUGAAGAAUUUAUGGAAACUGAAUAAUUAAUUAUAUUGUAUUAUAAUA